AAUCAAAGCAGCCAGCCAGGGCACAGCUCACGCCCAGCCAGCUGUCCUCACGAAACAGAGAGGUCAGGCCACCUCUCAGGACUUGGAUUAGGGAGAGAGGCAAGAGAUCCCCCAAGACCGGGCCCAAUUCCAGUUUCAUUCCAAAGUCAGGCCAAAGGGCUCAGCUCCACCUUGUCCACAACUCCUGCCCUGUUUCUGACUGGCUGUUUGGGCCGCUAAAGUCACUGGGAGACUUUGACCUCCCUCUGCAGCCUCGGGACGGGGUGAGAGAGUCUGCAGAAAGGAGACUGGGACCCGCGGCAGAGGAAGGCGGCAGAGAGGAUCUGGGCUGCUGAGUUGCUCCCAUAACUUCUGCAUCCAGGAGCCUAGGAGAGCAGCCUCCACGAUGCGUGUGGUUGUGAUUGGGGCAGGAGUGAUCGGACUUUCCACUGCCCUGUGCAUCCAUGAACAUUACCACCACACCCUGCGGCCCCUGUCCAUCGAGGUAUAUGCUGACCGCUUCACUCCACUCACAACCAGUGAUGGGGCUGCGGGCCUCUGGCAGCCCUACCUUUCAGAGAACCUUCAGGAGAGGGUCUGGAACCAAAAGACCUUUGACUACCUACUGGAUUACAUCAAUUCUCCAGAAGCCAGGAAAAUGGGUCUGUUCCUCCUCUCGGGCUACAAUCUCUUCUCUAAAGCUGUCCCAGAUCCCACCUGGAAGGACACAGUUCUGGGGUUUCGGAAACUGACAUCCCGAGAGCUUGAUCUGUUUCCUGGUUACAGUUAUGGAUGGUUCAAUACUGCAAUGAUCCUGGAGGGCAAGAGCUACCUGCCCUGGCUUACUCAGAGGUUAACUGAGCGAGGAGUCAAGUUCUUCCUGAGGAAAGUGCAGUCCUUUGAGGAGGUGGCAAGAGAAGGGGCAGAUGUCAUCAUCAAUUGCACCGGGGUAUGGGCUGGGAAGCUGCAAGCUGACCCCUUGCUACAACCUGGACGGGGUCAGGUCCUCAAGGUGUUUGCCCCUUGGGUGAAGCACUUCGUUAUCACUCAUGAUUCAGAUGCUGGGAUCUACAAGACCCCCUAUAUCAUCCCAGGGAGCCAGAUGGUCACCCUGGGGGGUAUCUUUCAGUUGGGGAACUGGAAUGAGAAUAAUGAUCCCCAAGACCACAAUACCAUUUGGGAAGGCUGCUGCCAAUUGGAGCCCACACUGCGGGAUGCAGAUAUCAUAAGUUCAUGGAGUGGUUUCCGGCCAGUCCGAUCUCAAGUCCGGCUGGAGAGAGAGAAACUGUCACGUGGGCCCUUCAAGGCAGAGCUCAUUCACAACUACGGCCACGGCGGUUACGGGCUCACCAUCCACUGGGGCUGUGCCUUGGAAGUUGCCAAGCUCUUUGGGCAAAUCCUGGAAGAACGGAAGCUGCCCGGUAUCCCUCCAUCCCACCUGUGAAGGGGCCCGGAUCUCAGCUCCCAAAGGGAGCUCUUCUACCCAAUUCUUCGCCAUUCCCACCCCCUCCUCCCCUCCCCAGCCCUUUGUGCCAGGAAGCCUGCCCCGAGAAAAAACUGAGCAACCAAGAGGGUUCUCUCGCUCACCGAAAUAUAGAAGCCCAGGGUCCCCGGGUCUCCUCAUUGGGUACACUGGGAGGGGCUGUUCCAGCCCUGCAGGUCAGAUCGAAACAUGGUCAUCUCCCAAAAGGUUUCAUGUGAGAGGAGAGUGUGCAAAGACAAAAGAGCAGAGUUUGUUUGUGGGAUCUCAGAUGGGAUCUCCGAGACAAUCUCAUCCAACCUCCCCAUUUUAAAGACAAGGAAACUGAGGCCCUCAGAGGAGCAGGUGAUUGCUCAGGGUCACACCAAAGGUGUUAGACAUGGGAUUGACACUCAGAAUCAUAGGAUCUCAGAGCUAUAAGUGACCUUAGAGAUCACUGCAUCCAGCGCUUCCAUUUUACAGAUGGGCAGACAGAUCCUGAGAGGUGAAGGUGAUUGCUCAAGGUCACGCCAAACGUGUUAGAUAUGGGGUUGACACUCAGAAUCAUAAGCUAUAAGUGACCUUAGAGCUCACCGAAUCUAGAGCUUCCAUUUUACAGAUGGGCAGACUGAGGUCUUGAGUCCAUAGAGAGAAGCUGAUUUACUGAAAGUUACAUAGUUAGUUCUAGAAUGCAAAUAUCUUAACUCCUGGCUUAGGGCACUUCUUAUUGGACCGCAGAGGAGAGGGCAGAGCCGGAACUGGGAGAGCAGAGAAGGGGAAAGACUGGAGUCAACAGCAGAGAAGGAGCCAGCCAGUGCAGCCCAGGGGCCGCAACAGCCCCACCUGACUCUCCCUAGAUCCAUAUUCCCAUCCCUUGGAAGCAUCGCUUCACAUGGAAAUUCUGUAGCAAGAAGAAAAACGAACUCACUAAAUAGCCUCCUUAUUUGAGGAUCAGGAAUUAGUGUCUCUGGCCCCGUACGGCUGGGGGUGAUUAAUGGGAUCCCUGAUGUUUAACCAAAAGAUAAACAGAAGAAACGAUCCCUUUCCUGAAGCUAGAGGCCCUGCCCAUUCUGGGGCUUCUGGGCUGUCUUGCAGAGAGAAGGGAGCAUCUAAGGACAAGGGGCUCCCUGGGCAAGUCAUUCCCAGCCCUCACUAACCCCUGACCCCUGCUGCUAACAGCUGGGCCGUGAUUGGCUUCCUUCAUACAAUCAUAGGAUGUCAAAGCUGGGAGGGCCCUUAGAACAGAGGAUGUCAGAGCUGGGAGGAGCCUUAGAACAGGGGAUGUCAGAGCUGGGAGGGAGCUUAGAACAGGAGAUGUCAGAGUCGGGAGACUUAAUUUAGAACAUAGAGCAUUGACUCUAUAAGGGACCUUAGAGAUCAUCCAGUCCAAUCCUUUCAUUUUAUAGAUGGAGACAGGGAGCCCCAGACGGAUAGUGAGUCCUGCUCAAGCUCACAGUGCUGGUAGAUGAUGGAGAAACUAGGACUUCAGGCCAGUUUUUCCAACCCCAGAGUCUACGUCUCUUUCCCAUACACCCUCAGUGCCUUUCAUUUCUUGCUUCAUCCCCCUCUGUUCCUUCUCUCCCUCUAUUGCCCUCCUAAUCUUAGCCCCUGAUUUCAUUCCAUUUAAUCCAUUGGACAAACGUCUAACAGAUCUAUGGAGGAGAGUCCUGACCUUGGACUAUACACAUUCUUAACAGCGUCUCAAAGGAACAGUUCUUACACAGAACCAAGUCUGCCCAUGUGGGGGGAUCACAGGGCACAGACCAUGAUCACAACAAGGGGCCUGGAGGAACUAUAUUCUGAUACCUAUAGGAGAGGAGGCUGUUACAUCUGAUUGUUUUUAAAAAUCUAUUAGUUUGGGUGCAGUGGUUAGAGCAGGAGGACCUGAGUUCAAAUCUGGCCUCAGACACUUAACACUUCCUGGCUGUGUGACCCUGAGCAAGUCACUUAACCCCAAUUGCCUCAGCCAAAAAAAAAAAAAUCUAUUAGUUUUUGUUUUCUCAGGAUCAAAUAUGUGGGGGAAGAUAAAUUUGAGCCAACUAAUUAGCUGGCUUUUAACGUGAAACCCUCAAGAACAGGGCACCCAGAAUCCGAAGACAAGAGGGAUUCGGUCUGGACACACUCCCAUCUGAACCCAGGACACUUUCUGAGGCUUUUCCGUAAGGCCUGAGUUUAGGCAAUGGCAUCAUUUCCCAAAGUCUUGUUGGAAACUUCCCUUCCCUUUGCCUCUUCAUAGAAACACAGUGUGUGAAGACUUAUAAGAUUAAAGCUAGAAGAAACUUUGUGGAAUCA